AUCAGUAUUUCAAAGCCACCAACAAGAGCCACUGUAGGUUCAGUAAUGCCCCCACAGCUGAAAGCUGAGGUGAAUGUCAUGCCCAAGGUUGUCCAGGGGGAUUUGGAGAGCCUGCCUCCAGAAGCAAGGGACUUCAUUGAAAGUAAUGCCAAGCUCUGCCAGCCUGAGAGCAUUCAUAUCUGUGAUGGCUCAGAAGAAGAAAACAAAAAACUUCUGGACAUAAUGGUAGAACAAGGCAUGAUCAAGAAGCUGAACAAGUAUGAGAACUGCUGGCUGGCUCUUACUGACCCAAGGGAUGUGGCAAGAAUAGAGAGCAAAACUGUAAUCAUCACUCAAGAACAGAGAGAUACCACUCCAAUCCCUAAAACUGGAACCAGUCAGCUGGGUCGCUGGAUGUCUGAAGAAGAUUUUGAGAAGGCCUUCAAUACCAGGUUCCCAGGCUGCAUGCAAGGGCGUACAAUGUAUGUUAUCCCCUUCAGCAUGGGGCCUAUUGGGUCUCCACUGUCCAAGAUUGGGAUUGAGCUGACAGACUCACCAUAUGUAGUGGCCAGCAUGAGAAUCAUGACACGGAUGGGAACAGCUGCUUUGAAAGCCCUGAACAACGGGGAGUUUGUGAAGUGCCUUCACUCGGUUGGAUGUCCUCUACCACUAAAAGAACCAUUAAUCAACAACUGGCCGUGCAACCCGGAGUUAACGCUGAUUGCCCAUCUCCCGGAUCGCAGAGAGAUCAUCUCAUUUGGCAGCGGUUAUGGAGGAAACUCCUUACUGGGGAAAAAAUGCUUUGCUCUUAGAAUUGCCAGCAGAAUUGCCAAAGAGGAGGGCUGGCUAGCUGAGCACAUGCUGAUCCUGGGCAUUACUAAUCCAGAAGGUAAAAAGAAGUAUUUUGCUGCAGCAUUUCCUAGUGCAUGUGGAAAAACUAACUUGGCCAUGAUGAACCCAAGCCUGCCAGGAUGGAAAAUUGAGUGUGUGGGUGAUGAUAUUGCCUGGAUGAAAUUUGAUGAGCAAGGCAACUUAAGGGCAAUCAAUCCAGAAAAUGGCUUUUUUGGUGUCGCCCCGGGAACCUCAGUCAAAACAAACCCCAAUGCUAUUAAAACCAUAUUCAAGAACACCAUCUUUACCAAUGUAGCAGAAACCAGUGAUGGAGGUGUCUAUUGGGAAGGCAUUGAUGAGCCAUUACCACCAGGAAUAACUCUGACUUCCUGGAAGAACAAGGAUUGGACCCCAGAUAACGGGGAACCUUGUGCUCAUCCCAACUCACGGUUCUGCACCCCCGCCAGCCAGUGCCCCAUCAUGGACCCUGCAUGGGAAUCACCAGAAGGUGUGCCCAUUGAGGGGAUAAUAUUUGGAGGCCGCAGACCUGCUGGUGUGCCUCUCGUAUAUGAGGCCUUUAACUGGCAGCAUGGAGUAUUUAUAGGAGCAGCUAUGAGAUCUGAAGCAACAGCAGCUGCUGAGCACAAAGGCAAAAUCAUUAUGCACGAUCCAUUUGCCAUGAGACCUUUCUUUGGCUACAACUUUGGCAAAUACUUGGCCCACUGGCUGAGCAUGGCACAUCGUCCAGCUGCAAAGCUACCAAGGAUCUUUCAUGUUAACUGGUUCCGGAAAGACAGCCAAGGGAAAUUCCUGUGGCCUGGCUAUGGAGAGAAUUCCCGUGUGCUGGAAUGGAUGUUCAACAGAAUUGAAGGGAAAGCUUCUGCCAAGCCAACUGCCAUAGGUUAUAUCCCUGCUGACACUGCUUUGAACCUGAAAGGUUUAGAAGAUGUCAACUUGACCGAACUGUUUGAUAUCUCCAAAGAGUUCUGGGAAAAGGAGGUAGAAGAAAUCAAACAGUACUUUGAAGUGCAAGUUAAUGCUGACCUCCCCUAUGAAAUAGAAAGAGAAAUGCUUUCCUUAGAGAUGAGGAUAAAACAGUUGUAGCUGAUCAAAAGCACAGUUAUUUAUCAAUUCACACAUACUAAGACAGGACAAACACAUUUUACUGAAUCACCACUGGAAGCACAACAGCACACUGAGGGGCAGAGACUUCCCAUUAAAAGUAGGCCCCAGUUUACUUAGACCAUAGGUAGGGGUAUUCUAGAAGUAACUCCAGACCUAAUGAUUUAUCAACUACAUCAGAUGUUGGGAAUAGGUGAGCAGCUGUAGGAAUGUUUGAGCACAUGGUCUGCAAAAUCCAGAUCUUUC